CACUCCCAGUAAAAUCAUGGAAACUAAAAAUGAGUAGUCCCCUGCGCCGCAGCAGAGCCCUCAGCCUAAUAAUCCUCCUAGUCCUCAUUGUCUGGACGACUUCUUCCAAUGCCAAGACGCUGAACAAAGUCAUUUACCAAUUCCUGGCUCCGCAAAAUGCAGCACGGUCUGCACUGCGAAUGCGGCCCCUGGUAUGGGACCCGAAGCUGGCACGUUACGCGCAAUGGUACGCGAACCAGAGGCGCUGGGACUGCGCAUUGCAGCACUCCAACGGGGCUUAUGGGGAGAACAUAUUCUGGGGGAGUGGCAAGGGGUGGAGUCCAGCUGAGGCGGCGGCUGCAUGGGUGGGGGAGAGACGGUGGUAUAAUUACUGGUCGAAUUCGUGCGGGGGAGGGCAGGAGUGUGGGCAUUAUACGCAGAUUGUGUGGAGGGGGACUAGGAGAGUUGGGUGUGCGAGAGUUGAUUGUUUUGGGGGUAGAGGGGUGUUUAUGACUUGCAAUUAUGAUCCUCCUGGCAAUUACAUUGGAGAGAAGCCUUACUGAUUUUGCUGCUUUGUGGCUCCGUUUUCCUGUUGUAUUGUUACUGGGGCGGCAAAAUAAUCUUUAUUUCUGCAACUCAUCUUAAUUUUUUUGAAUUAGUGUGAAUGAAAACACUAAGCUAACUUGGUGUCAUUUUUGUAAUUUGAAUGAUAAAUCAUUUCUAUAA